AAAAAAUCUAUUUCUGGCUGAUGUGUGGAGAAUGAGUUGGGGGCAGGGUAGAUGUAGAAAUAGUGAAAGCCUGCAGAAGGCUGUUGGGGUAGGCUUGGUGGAGAUACGGGUGGUUAAUCUUGGGGGUGGCAGUGGGGAUGGAGAGCGGUGGGUAGAUUUGGGAUGUAUUUUGGGAGGUAAUUAGAAGUGGGAUGGGUGUGAAAGCUGAGAGAGAACAGGAAAAGUGAAGGAUAAGUCCUGGUUACCUUGGGCAACUUGGAGCAUGGUGGUAUCAUUUAUGAGGUGGGAAAUAUUGGGGGAGGAAUAGGUUUGGAGGGAGGAAAUGAAGAAUCUUGUGUCAGAUCCAUGGAGGCAUAUCAAGUGGACGGUUGGCUGUACUGUUGGGAGCUCUGGAGGGUCCACGUUCGAGCCCUGGUUCUGGGGAGUCGUUGGCAGAAAGCUGUCGUCCUGGGUGAAGGAGAGAGAAGGAUGCUGGAACUUUAAAGAGUGAAGUGUGAAAUUGUUGUCUUAGAGGUUGAGGAAGCAAAAUAAUGAGGAAAGUGUAGACAUGCUGGGCAGUGUUGCAUGUUCUUUGAGGUUUGUGGUUUGAAUCUAAAAAGUGAAAUCUGCCUGCUUGUGUGAUUUUCUCUGGCAAAACUCAACUCCUUGGGUGCAGGGAAGGACAGAGGCAAGCAAAAAAAAAAGGGGGGCCCCCAAGGGAGUUGGUUAGAUUCUAAGUUAGUAAAGGAGGAAAUAGGUAAUGCUUAGUGGGAAAGUGGAGCGGUGACCAAAUCGGGAGCCUUGCUGAGGCAAGAGUGGGAAGUGGGAGAGGCAAAGAAUGUAGGGUGUCGGCAGCCUAGGUUGGGGAGGUCUUGUAGGUGCUGGCCUGGGUUUUGCCCCUGGAGUGGGUCUUCGGUGUGGGGCAGAGGAAAAGAUGGGUGGUGACGAGGACAGGGGAGGGAGAGUUGAGCCCCCCCGGCUGUUGCGCUGGGACGGAAGCGGUGGCGGAAGGAAAUGAGGCAAAGGGGCUGUCUGCAGCGAGAGCGGGGCGCUGGGAGGUCAGGAGGUGACAAGGCAGCGGGGCAGUAGACACUAGAGGCCCCCCCACCGACGCCAGCCUGAGUGCAGAGAAGCGGGGGUCUUGUGAGGAGGAAGAGUGACCUCAGAGGGGGCAGGUCAUCUGGGGGAAGGCAGGAGUCUGAGGCAAAGAACUCUCCGAGGAGGGUGACCAUGUGGAGAAGUUCAUUCGCUGCAUGUCUAGGUUUCCAGAGAGCAAGAUAAAAAGGUUGUGGGGUGAAGAUUGGGUCAGGUGACAUGGGCGUGGGGGCGAGACGCUUUACGCGUGCCGUCUGCUUUCCUGCCAGCCUUCCACCCCGUCCACUUUCUAGUCGGUGUCCCCCACGGCGUUCCUAAUACACAAUAGCCUGAAACCUUACUGAUGGGGGGUUGGAAUGGUCUCUGAGUAUCUAUAGAAAGUGGCAGUUUUGGUAUGCUUUAUAUUCCAAGGCAUUGUUUUAUAAAGGGGAGAUUGCCUUCUAUCUGGACAUGUUACAUGUGAAGCCAUCUUUUAUGUAACAUUGAUCGCGCAAUGUGGAGAGCUCCAUCCUGGAAAAUACCUUGUAUGGGUGAUCUUCUAGGACUCAAAAAAGCUUCAUUAUGAAUCAGAUGAGUUAAUGAUUAUCAGCUUGUUUUGAAAGGUAGCACAUGGCUCAAUGGUUCUGGAUCCUUUUUGAUGGCAGAAAGAUGAAAUGAAAUUAGCUACAUUCUACCGAUGUGGGAUUGAUUAAUCCUGGGCAGAAAGAAGAAAUGAUGUAAAUAAUUCACUAUCCAAACUUUAAGGUCAGAAGUGAGAAGGAAGGUCAGGAAGACUAUGGCCUGGCCAAAUAUUUUUCGAAGAGGAACUCUGUUCUCCCGGUUCAGCCAUCAUCAUGUUGUUGUGUUCCUGCUCACCUUCUUCAGUUAUUCGUUGCUCCAUGCAUCAAGGAAAACUUUUAGCAAUGUCAAAGUCAGUAUCUCUAAGCAGUGGACCCCAAGUGCUUUCAACAAGUCAGUUAGACUGCCUGUAGAGAUUUGGAGCAGCAACCAUUUGUUUCCCAGCGCAGAGGAAGCCACUCUUUUCCUCGGGACACUGGAUACUAUUUUCCUCUUCUCUUAUGCUGUGGGCCUUUUCAUCAGUGGAAUUGUUGGAGAUCGGCUUAAUUUACGAUGGGUUCUGUCUUUUGGCAUGUGCUCUUCUGCGCUAGUGGUGUUCGUCUUUGGCACAGUCACAGAAUGGCUGCAUUUCUACAACAAGGGGUUCUACUGCUGUCUGUGGAUUGUAAAUGGCCUGCUGCAGUCCACUGGUUGGCCCUGCGUGGUUGCUGUUAUGGGCAACUGGUUUGGGAAAGCUGGACGAGGAGUUGUUUUUGGUCUCUGGAGCGCCUGUGCUUCGGUGGGCAAUAUUUUGGGAGCAUGCCUAGCUUCUUCUGUUCUGCAGUACGGGUAUGAGUAUGCCUUUCUGGUGACAGCGGCUGUGCAGUUUGCUGGUGGGAUCGUCAUCUUCUUUGGACUCCUGGUGUCACCAGAAGAAAUUGGUCUCCCAGGUAUCGAGGCAGAAGAAAAUUUCGAAGAAGACUCACACAGGCCAUUGAUUAAUGGCGCUGAAAACGAAGACGAAUAUGAGCCUAAUUAUUCCAUCCAAGAAGGCAGUACUGUUACCCAGGUCAAGGCAAUAAGCUUUUAUCAGGCCUGUUGUCUUCCUGGAGUUAUACCGUACUCACUGGCCUACGCCUGCUUGAAGUUAGUAAAUUACUCCUUCUUCUUCUGGUUGCCCUUUUAUCUGAGUAACAACUUUGGAUGGAAGGAGGCUGAAGCUGACAAGUUGUCCAUUUGGUACGAUGUUGGAGGAAUUAUAGGUGGGACUUUGCAAGGUUUCAUCUCGGACAUAUUACAGAAGAGAGCACCAGUUUUAGCUCUCAGUCUGCUUCUGGCUGUUGGGUCCCUCGUUGGAUAUAGCCGUUCUCCGAACGAUAAGUCCAUUAAUGCACUUCUGAUGGCGGUUACAGGAUUUUUUAUUGGUGGACCUUCUAACAUGAUUAGCUCUGCUAUUUCUGCGGACCUGGGUCGCCAAGAGUUGAUCCAAGGGAGCAGUGAGGCUUUGGCGACCGUCACAGGAAUUGUUGAUGGAACUGGAAGCAUUGGAGCUGCGGUGGGCCAGUAUUUAGUGUCUUUGAUCCAGGACAAUCUGGGAUGGAUGUGGGUGUUCUACUUUUUCAUUCUCAUGACAAGUUGUACAAUUUUAUUUAUCUCGCCAUUAAUAGUGAGGGAAAUCUGCUAUCUUAUGCAAAGGCGACAAGCUCAUAUAUUGAGUGAGUGAGUGUUGCCAGAAGAGAAGAAGAGAAGAGAAGAACAAUGGAAGACACGUCAGGACUAUUAUUUCUUCUGAUUCACCCUCUUGGGGGUUGUCUUAAGAGCUCCAACAAAACCUCAGAUUGUCAAGCCUCUUUCAACAAUGUCAGCCACUUGAGAUGCUGACCAGUGGUGAAGGCUGGGCUGUUUUUCUGCACUACAUGAGUUAUUGUGGAUGAUUUUCUUUGUUGCUUCAUAAAUGUACUGAAUGGCCUGUGAGUCUGCCAACCUCUUUAUUUGGCCCGUUGAGAUUUACCCUUUUAACCUGAAAUACUGUCUUGGACUUGGACCCUAAUUCUCCAGCCUGGACAGUUGAGUGGCCACGAGACGGUUGCACAUGGUUUGCAUCAAUGAUGGGCUCAUUGGAUCAUUGGAUUUUGCUUUGAUAAUGAGUUUGCCGAGAGCGGCUCAUCUUUGAAGCCUCAAAUCCUGGUAGAGUGCUCAAGCUGGAUCAAGCAUAAGCCUGCCUUGGACAAAGAAUCCCUUUGUUAACUGUGGUGGGAAAAAUCACACUACAUGGUGACUGGCUCAGGCACUCUGUAUCUGAUUUAAAGUUAAUCAGCUCCAGAAGCAGAAAUGCCUUCAAAUUAUUGUCAGCUUGUUCUCUUCUCUCUUCGUUCGCAAUUAACUUCGACUCCUGGAAGUACUCAGUCUUCCGUUCAAGGACCAUAAGGUACAUCAUCAGUUGUCAUGCACAUUCCAAGGGGUAGCUCACAACCGAAGUACUCAACCCCAGAUUUGCUCUCUGGGAACAUUAGGAUCCACUAGGACGCUAAUCUGCUUAGCCCUGUUUUCAGAGAAUUGAUCUUUCUCACAACCGGGUUCCUUGAGUUACCUCAGCAGAAGACUAGAAUUAGAGACAGAGGAAACACCUUUUGUCCUAGUACGGGUUAAGUAUGUGACCUUGAAUCACAUUAAUGGGUUACCAGGGCCUGGGGACUAGGUGUCUAUUCUUUAGAAGUUUGUAGCAUGUAUGUCUUCAAGGCUGUGAAUUCUAUACUAAUUAUCCCAACAUUUUUAGGUCAUUCUGUAUAUGUAUUUUAAAUUAUGGACACGAACUAGCGGGAAAAUGUGCAAUUUGGAGGGCUGCCUAAUUUGUGUUGGGUUAGGGAAUAUUUUUCAGCUUCUUGCUUUAUACUCUAAAAUGUGGUGUGUAAAUUUAUGAACUUGUUAAUGUUAUUUAAUCAAGGAGAUUUCCAAUCAGUUAAUUCCUCAUUACUGACAAAAAAAGGGAAAAUAUGAAACACAGGAAGGGAAAAUAAACUGACUUUUAUAGUAAA